AAGAUGGCGGCCUGCACGCUUCGUCCGGGUGUUGAAGGUGCUAUCAAAAUCCUGAAAUUUCAGCUAAGGAAUUUGUCACUUCGCGCUGGAAGAGUCUCCCAGUUACACACAGGUAUCCCAACUCCAGCAAGUUUCUCGGUGAGCCAUGCAGUAUGGGGCAAGACAAAUACAGAACUCGAGCAAGAGAGAGGAAUUCCAGAACAGCAAACAAAACAAAAAAUCUACAACAGUAGGCGAGAUAUUAGAUGUGGYCCUCAGAAAUUAAACUUAGUCGCUAGACAGAUUCGUGGUUUGGAGAUUAAUGAGGCUUUGAAACAGAUGGAGUUUUCACCAAAGAAAGCRGCAAUAACAGUGAAAGAGGUGUUAGAAGAAACUCAAAAGCUUGCAGCCUCAAAGCAUGGGAUUGAAGACAAAUCCAAUUUGUGGGUUGCUGAAUCGUACGUUGGCAAAGGUCGUUAUAUUAAAAAAAUACGCUAUCAUGCUCGUGGAAGGUUUGGCAUCGAAGAGCGUAAAUACAGCCAUUACUUCUUGAUGUUACAAGAGGGACCUCUUCUUGGUAAAAACAAGCGAAGAAGRUUGAAACACAUGGGUGAACUAGAAGAGAUUAAUCGACAUCCUAGAAAUAUUAAGAACUCACUUGCAUGGUGGUAGAACAAAUUAAGGAUUUAUAAGUAUAUUCUCUUUUGGACGUUGAAGAAAAUUGUUUUGAAACCACAGGAACAUUGGGGUCGAGGAGAAUUUUGAAAAGAGCUGCGUUUUCCCGCCAAAACUUGAUAAAAAGACGAGCGCGCGCGCUGACCUAGCGCGGGGAAAUUUUGAUAACAACCAAAACUCUGUGUUACAGUGAGCUACUUGUUUAUAAGAAUCAUACUGAGAGCCUGUCCAUUUGCAAGAAAAAACUAUUAUCAUGGUUGACAAUCAUUUCGGCCCAAAUAUCUUCUGUUUGGUAAUUUUACUGAGCCUAGUUGAAAUAUAAAAGAAAAUCCAAGUGGAGUAUUGUUCAUACAUUUAGUGACAGAGGGUUCUCAAACGCAAUAAACGUGUCAACAUUUGUUUGUUUUAGGCUUUAAUUAUGGAAAUGCAAUAAACCACGAAAUUGGUAUUAAGUGCUAGGUUAAUACACGUUAAAAGUGAAUUUUCUUGUGUUAGGCAUUAUCAUCUAAAUGUAAGGAGUUUUCAUGACCGAAGUUCGACUGAACAAUUUGGUAAAACGGACGCGGCUAUACCAUAUGAACUUACACGGAUUGAGCUUUUGGAUCGAUGGAGGUCGUCUCACGUCUGACCUGACUGACUAAACCAGAUUAUUUGUAUCUAUCUAAAUACAAAGUAUAAGUACGACGCAAUWUGACAGUCAAUUGUAAUUUUUGUGGGUUUGUUGUCGUUAUUCGUUUGGACYACUACCGAAGCUGGACUCGGAUUUUCUUUCRCGGAUUUUUUUAAUWGAUGACUUCGAUGUCAUCUGAAAAUGUAGCUUACCAAAUUACUGCUAUUAAAAUAACUUCACUUUUUGUAAUAAAUGCGGUGUAAAGUGGCCACACCUCGCUUUGAAUUGCACGCCAAGCUGAAAACUACGAUAGCGUUAGAUUUUUUCGCACAUCUGUCCACUAUUACUUACCACAACGUAGACAAUCACUUAUCUAAAUUUAGAAAUCUAUAUUUUGUACCCCAAAAACCGACGGCCGGAAAACUGGUCUGGGAUUUUUUCCACUGUAAAUAAAAGUAGCCUUAAGAUUGUCUGUGAAUGGCUGUUUAAAUGCUCUAAAUUUUGGCGGUUCUGCAAAAUUUAUGUUGUAUAACCGCAGAGUUGAAAGGAAAAAAAUCAGUGAUUCUUGAUACCGAAAGCUUACAUUUGUCAAUUUGACGUCAUGAGAUGGUUGUAAUGGUGACGGGACUGGCACAGGGGCAAGAGUUUGAAACGGAASAGUAGUGCAACCAAUUUCGUAGUUUUUUGUGUGUGUCUUUUUUAAUCCUUUACGAACUUGUUGAAUUUUUUUACAGAAACAUUUUGUUCAGAUGCAAAAAUAAAUUCAUUUACGGCGAUUUCUGCAAAGUAAAUGUUGGCUCGGUAUCGUCUCGGUUAUCAACUGAAGACUCAUAAAAAAAGUUCAUUCCACUUUUACAGUGCCAUUUUAAUAAACUAACUAAAGAAAAUGUACUAUUAGAUCAUUAUGUAUAACGAUAAAAGUAUAUUUCAGGGUUUA